AAUUUCGAACGGUCUUCUUGCUCUUACUUCUUCUGAUUUCUACUUGGAAACCGUCUGUAAUAUCGCUCGUGUAUCUCUAGUCUUCGGCUUCUGUUCCCGAACUCUCCUCGUCAGACCCCGAUGCGAAAACAGCUCGACCCACGGAUACCUAUCCUCAUCAACAAUAAUGUCCAGAAGAAUCAUCGGUCUUUCAUAGUGCUCGUCGGCGACAAGGGUCGUGACCAGAUUGUCAACCUUCAUUUCUUGCUAUCUCAGUCAAGAGUUUCGGCACGACCGUCGGUGCUUUGGUGCUACAAAAAGGAACUGGGUUUCACGACCCAUCGGAAGAAGCGUGAAGCCAAGAUCAAGCGCGAUGUCAAACGAGGGAUCAGAGAAGCGAACGACCAGGACCCGUUUGAGAUCUUCGUCACCGUGACCGACAUUCGCUAUACAUACUACAAGGAGUCGCAUAAAAUUCUCGGUAAUACCUAUGGUAUGCUUGUCCUCCAGGACUUUGAAGCUAUCACGCCGAAUCUUCUUGCACGGACGAUUGAGACGGUCGAGGGUGGUGGACUGGUGGUGCUCUUGUUGAAGACUAUGUCGUCGUUACGACAGUUGUACAGUAUGACCAUGGAUGUGCACGCACGAUACCGCACAUCAUCACACGACGCCGUGGUCGCCCGCUUCAACGAACGCUUCAUCCUCUCCCUCGGCUCCUGUGAGGACUGUCUCGUCCUCGACGACGAACUCAAUGUCCUCCCUAUCUCUCGCGGGAAAGACAUUAAACCCCUCGAGUCCGACCGCUCCAAAUCAAAAGCCUCCGAGUCCUCUUCCGAACUGAGCACCCUCAAAUCCUCCCUCGCAGACACAAAACCCGUCGGCGACCUCCUCAAACUCGCACGCACGCUCGACCAAGCCCAGGCACUUCUCACCUUCGUCGAUGCCAUCUCCGAAAAGACACUCAGUUCGACAGUGACGCUUACGGCCGGACGCGGAAGGGGUAAAAGUGCGGCGUUGGGGUUGGCUAUGGCCGCUGCGCUCGCCCACGGGUAUUCAAAUAUAUUUGUGACGAGUCCGAGUCCAGAGAAUCUGAAGACGUUGUUCGAGUUUGUGUUUAAGGGCAUGGAUGCGCUUGGGUAUGAGGAGCAUCUGGAUUAUGAUAUCGCGCAGAGUACGAAUCCGGAGUUCAACAAAGCCAUCGUAAGGGUGAAUGUGUUCAGGCAGCAUCGGCAGACGAUCCAGUACAUUCAACCGCAAGACGCACACGUACUUGGUCAGGCCGAGCUUGUCAUAAUCGACGAAGCCGCCGCUAUCCCUCUACCCCUCGUACGGAACCUCAUCGGUCCCUACCUCGUCUUCAUGGCCUCGACAAUCAACGGCUACGAAGGCACCGGCCGCUCCCUCUCCCUCAAACUUAUCCAACAACUCCGCGAAUCCACCCGUCCUUCCCUCUCCAAAGACGUCACCGAAGACGCUCCUUCCGCCUCCACCUCUACCUCCACAAAAAAGCCUACACAGGCCUCCGCACCUCUUAAAGCGCGUACCCUCCGCGAGAUCAAACUCGACGCACCCAUCCGAUACGCCUCCGGUGACCGUGUCGAAAAAUGGCUCAACGGGCUGUUGUGUUUAGACGCCACAACGGCACCAAGGUCCGCCCACCAAGGCACACCCCACCCGUCGCAAUGCGAACUUUUUUACGUCUCCCGCGAUACUCUCUUCUCCUACCACCCUGCCUCCGAACUCUUCCUCCAACGCAUGAUGUCCCUUUACGUCGCCUCGCACUACAAAAACCAACCGAACGACCUCCAACUCCUGUCCGAUGCGCCCGCGCACCAUCUCUUCGUCCUCCUUCCACCCUUAAAAGACGACGAAAGCCAUUUGCCGGAACCGUUGGUGGUGUUGCAGGUCGCGCUGGAGGGGAAUAUUAGCAAGGGGGCGAUUAUGGAGGGGUUGGGGAGGGGGUUGAGGGCUGGCGGAGAUAUGAUUCCGUGGUUGGUGGCGCAGCAGUUCCAGGAGGGCAAGUUUGCGUUGAUGAGUGGGGCGAGGGUGGUGAGAAUUGCGACACAUCCCGAUUAUGCGAAUAUGGGAUAUGGAGCGAGAGCGCUUCAGGCUCUCAACGGUUACUAUUCGAAUGAAUAUCUGAACCUCGACGAGGCUUCGAGGCCGGAACCUUCAUAUCCAAAUGCGGCAGCUAUCGACGAAUCCACAGACCUACUAACCGACAACCCAACGGUCCGCUCCGCGACUGCCAUGCCUCCACUCCUUCAACGUUUGACCGAGCGGAAACCAGAGGCUUUGGACUACUUGGGUGUUUCGUAUGGGCUCACGCCACAACUGCUCCGGUUCUGGAAGAGAGCAGGUUACGUCCCACUUUACAUUCGGCAGACGCAGAGCGAGCUCACCGGCGAACAUUCCUGCGUUAUGGUCCGUGGGCUGAAUUCGGCGGGCGAGGGAGACUUGCAGUGGUUGGGCGAGUUCGCUAAAGAUUUCCGGAGACGCUUCCUCUCUCUGCUUUCGUUCAAGUUCCGAGAAUUCGGAAGUGUGAUGGGUCUGAGCAUCCUCGAGGCUGCGAACGCGGGUGUCAAGUUCCUAGAUGCACCAAAUUCAGAGCUCACAUCCACCGAACUCUCUUUCCUCCUAACGCCCUUCGAUCUCAAGCGACUCGAAUCAUACGCCCAGAAUGCACUUGACUAUCACGUCAUCCUCGACUUGCUUCCUAAAGUCGCCUCAUUAUACUUUGAACGACGAUUGGGGGACGGUAUGCGGUUGAGCGCCGUACAGAGCAGUCUAUUGUUGGGCAUGGGGCUGCAGAGGAAGAGUGUCGAAGAAGUUGAGGCCGAACUCCAACUCCCCGUCUCCCAAGCCCUCGCCCUCUUCGUCAAACUCAUCCGCAAAAUCUCCUCCCAACUCACCGAGAUCCAAAAGGCCGCUAUCGGCGCUAGUAUCCCCACCGCCUCUACCUCGACCUCCACUCUCACGCUCGCACCCUCCUCACGAGUCGGUGGCGACAACGUGGACGCGGAGAUGGCGAUAGGGCAAGGGGUGAAGGGAAUGGAGGACGAGCUGGAGAAGGCGGGGGAUGAGGUUACGAGUGCGAUGAAGGAGAAACAGAGGGCUAUGAUCGAUGCACUUGAUUUGAGUCGAUACGCCAUCAACGAUGCCUCGGCAGAUUGGAGCGCCGCCGAGAAACAGGUCCAAGGGGGUUUAGCGGGCGGGAAGGGAAGGUCGACCAUCGUUAGUGUGAAGGGUAGCGCAGGGGAGGGGAAAAAGAGGAAGGCGGCGGAUGAGGGGGGUGAGGGAAAGAGUGGAGCUGGAGGGGAUGCGGAGAAGAAGAAGAAUCGGAGAGGGAAGAAGGUGAAGCGGUAGCUAUAGGUAACAUUGUGGUAGUGCUGUCUUGUUGCUUGAGUUUGAUGAAUUAGUCAUUGCAUUUAAC